AUGUCCUCCCGUUCAAGAAGAGCCGCUGCAUCCUCCUCCCGCUACCCAGCCGACUCGAGACCAGCCAUCGAACCUGAAGGCGACCCAGAAUACCUUGCGCUCAGUGUCAAACAGCGCCGACUGAUCGACAAGACAUUCAACAAGGGUAUCCGAUCUACGGGUGCCAAGUCACAGAAAAGAAAGCGGAGAAAGGUCGCGGAUGGCCAAGCCGUCUCUGUUGGUGGCGCAGAAGAAGAUGUUGGGGGCGACCAAGGAGGUGGGGGAUUCUUUCCAGAGGAGGAUGCUGGAGGAUUUAUGCCGGACGACGAUGCGGGGGGUUUCCUACCGGAUGACAAUGCUGGAGGCUUCUUACCGGACGGUGGGGCCGGGGGUUUCAUGCCUGAUGACGAUGGCGGUGGAGGCUUCUUUGAUGAGGAUGUCCCCGACCAAGGCCCCUCGUCAAUACCAGUAUCGCAAGGACCUUCUUCUCCCUCGGCGUCUGCUGCCAGAGUCCCUGUAUAUCUUCUCCCAUCCCUCCUAACGUCGCUCGGCUUGCCUUCGGAUGACGACGUUCUACAAGUCUUUAGAGCCUCCGCCUCUGGUUGGAACGACCCCAGGAGUAACCGGCGAGAUCAGGAAGACGAUGGUCUGGAGACUGGCGGCGUAGAAUUGAAAGACUUUAGAGCUGUAUGUGCGGCGUUGAUGGGGCCUGAGGAAGAAGCGGGUGAGAGUCGGGAUGUCGAGAUAGACAGCGAUGAUUCGGACGAGGGACAAGAUACCUUCCAGCCCUCCGAGGCCGAAUCCGACUUUUCUUCGGCUUCGUGGUCUGGGUCUGCAUUUGGCGGCACGAAAACGGCUACAACACAAAAGGGAAAAGGGCCUGCAAAACCCAAGAGAAGGGGCAAGAUGGAAGUGGCCAAGCUGUCUUCAAACCAGAAAGCUAUGGCGCGCACUAUAUGGGAUAUGCUCAAGCCACCGGGGAGGCAGACUGGCAGAGGAGCAGACAUAUUGGGGCGAGAUGAGGUCAAGGAAUGGGUCAGGGUGCUGGGCGAGAUGUGGAGUGACGAAGAGAUCACAGACAUGGUCUCAUUGUUUUCCAGUCAGCAUGAAGGUCGUGGCUUGACAUUUGACGAUUUUGGCAAAAUCAUGCUUCGCGCAGGUCUGGUGUGA